UAUAAAUCGUCUUUCUUUCGCUCGAUGUCAUCUUUCCUAUUGUUCUUCAGUUGCAUUCGGCCAAAGAUGAAAGUUUUAGCACUUAUUUUCGCCGCAAUAGUCGCAGUCAAUGCGUCUAAUCAAUGCCCUAAAGACGAAGAGUUGACAUGGGAAAAAGAUGUUCUUUUAGAACAUGAACUGUGUAACAAAUUUUACAAAUGCAGCUUCGGUUCUCCGGUUGAAAUGUCAUGUGCGGACGGUCUUUUCUUUAACCACGAACUUGGAAUAUGUGAUUGGAAACACAACGUAGAUUGUGGUGAUAGAAAUAUACCUGAUGAUAAACCAACCAGUGGAGAGGAUGACGGAGGUGAUGAUGAUGAUAAAGGUGAUGGCAAUGAAAAUGAUGAUGUAGAAACUGAUGUGUGCGCAAUACCCGGCAAGGACGUACCGGAAUCGGGAGUCUUGGAGAAUGGAUGCCCAAUUGAUCCGACUGUGCAUUGGCUUCUGCCUCAUGAGGAAGAUUGUAACAAAUUUUAUUAUUGCGUGAAUGGUGCCAAAAUUGAACAGCAGUGUUUCGGUCCCUUGCACUUUAACAGCAGACUUCAGGUAUGCGAUCUCCCAACGAAUGCGUGUUGUGCCAAGUCCUUCAACAAACACGUUUCUGGACGUCGCAUUUUAAUGCGAAAAUAAUUAAUUAAUUUUAGGAUCGUCAUCUUUUCAAUUU